AUGUCUCCGAACUCCAAAGACGUGUCUGCCAUGAAAGACCGUAUCAUUCAGCAUAUGAAUAAGGACCACCAAGACUCUUUGGUGGAUUAUCUUCGAUUCUACGCCAAUAUUCCUGCGCAGGAAGCCUCUACGGCCAAACUCGUUGAUAUCAACAACGAUGGCAUGACAUUCACAGUCACCAAUGUUGCUAAAAACGGUAGUCCUUCUCGAUCGGUAGUCGUGCAUAUCAACCCUCCUAUAGAUUCGCUCAUGCAAGCCCGAGAACGUCUUGUGGCCAUGGCAUCUGAAGCUAUGGAGGGACUCGGACGAUCCAGGUGGAGGGUUGAGUCGUACCCAAGGCCAUCGCUAGCCGGAAUCCUGUAUGGGGCAACCACUGGGAUUGUCCUUGGGUUGACCCUGUUCCCAAACGAAACGUUGCGUCCCGGAGCCAAGGCACGCCAGAUUGUGCUAUUUGAUUCUGAAAACAUCGCACGCUGGAUUUAUACCUAUCACAGAGAGAUUCGUUCGGUUAUAACGGGUGUCGCCUUCUAUACCGCAAUCAUGCCAAUGCGCCGAAGAUUACAGCGACACUCCUACAAGUCGGGAUGGGGCCAUUGGUUCGCAUGGUUCACAGCGGCAUUGCUCGGAGGGCCAGUUGCAUGCACCUCGUUUGAUAGCGAGGUCAAAGCUGUCGAGACUCAGUCUGCGAAGAAACACUGA